CGCAUAAUAUGGAAAAUGGCUCCUAAAAGAGAACCCUCCAUUAAGAAGGAUUCUUCACCUGUGACCCAACCCAGACUCGGUCCUCCUUUCCCCUCUCUGCCUGCAGUCACAACAGCUCCAAAACCAGUUCAGGAGCAGAAACCAAGGAUGUUGCGUCCUUCAGAUAUACCAUUUGACCCCAGCACUUUGGAGAUUGAAUUUAACCUGGACCAAAUUCACGAGUUCAAGGAGGCGUUCCUGCUGUUUGACAGAACAGGAGAUGGCAAGAUCAGCUACAGCCAGUGUGGGGAUGUAAUGCGGGCCCUGGGACAAAACCCCGUCAACGCCGAGGUGCUCAAAGUCCUGGGCAACCCAAAGGCUGAAGAGAUGAACACCAAGAUGCUGGACUUUGAGCAGUUCCUGCCCAUGUUCCAGGCCAUUGCAAAGAACAAAGAUCAGGGCUCCAUGGAGGAUUUUGUUGAGGGACUUCGCGUGUUUGACAAGGAAGGCAAUGGCACAGUAAUGGGAGCAGAACUACGUCAUGUCCUCACAACACUAGGUGAGAAAAUGACAGAGGAAGAAGUUGAGACGCUGUUGGCAGGACAUGAAGAUGCAAAUGGAUGCAUCAAUUAUGAAGCAUUUGUGCGCCACAUCCUGUCAGGCUAAGGGCCGGUAUGGGCAACAUAACUGGUCAGAAUGGUUAUGAGCGGGUGAAGAGGAAGAACACUCAAGUUUUUGUCUUCUUUCCUUUUCUUGCUUAUUUUUUUUUAUGCAUUUAGCUUUCUCAGUACCCAUGUAAAACUUUCCAUGAAUUUGUCCUGCUAUUUUAAUUUAAGAAGUGCCUUUACACCCCCACCCCCCCAAAUAAAGAGCAGUGGUCACAAUAUUGAUCUGAUAUCACUGUCAGCAUUGGAUAAGACCUUUAAUAAAUGUUUAAAACCCUUUAGAAAACACCAUCUGUGUCAUUAGCAAUUCUAUUCCUAUGCAGAAUAGAAACUUGUUUUUGAUCAAAAAUAAAAUCUGUGUAUCAAAAGCCAUACUUUUGAGAGUUUUACAGAUGAGUUAUCAGUCUCCAUGGUUACAAUUUAUGGCAAUUUUGUUGAUAUAUUGAGAGAAGCUGGUGUGCUGGUUCCCUGCUGUCAUAUCCUUCAACACAAGAGGGCAGUGUUGCUGCUGGAAUUGACUGUUGCUGCCACCAUGUCACUGUCAAAAUAAAGCCCAUGAUCUUCUUUUCA